AAUUUUCAUCGAGACACGGAGAAAGAAAGGCAAUUUCAUUUCGAUUCACGUUUAUCAUUCCAGAAAUUUCCAGCGACGAAAAACAAGUCCCGCCACCAAAGCAGUGAAACGAACUUAAGGAACCGUUCGGAAAUCUGAAAUUAGUAAGGCAACCAAUCUGAGAAGGAAAAAUGGAGAGAUCGCCGUCGUCAAUGGAGUUCGACGGAUCGGCAGAGCUGCAGUGCGUGGGCAGGAUGGAGAUCAGCCGGCCGAAGCCUGUGGGUUUCCUCUGCGGUUCUAUCCCUGUACCUACUGAUAAUUCCUUCCAUGCUUUCACCUCCGCUCUCGUUCCUUCACGCCAAACUGUGAGUGCGCCUAGGUAUCGGAUGCUGCCGACGGAGACUGAUCUGAAUAGGCCGCCGCUUCUCUCGAACUUCCUGGAAAAGGUGCUUCCGAUCGGUGCUGUGCAGUGCAAGACCACUGGAGAUAUAAUGUGGGAAGGAGAUGCCAUUGCCUCAAAUCUUAGUAGUAAAGGUGAGGCCCUUGCGGUGUCUGGUUUGGUGGAAUAUGGGGAUGAGAUUGAUGUGAUUGCUCCAGCUGAUAUUCUGAAGCAGAUAUUUAAAAUACCAUAUUCCAAGGCUCGAUUAUCUCUUGCAGUUCAUCGUGUUGGACAGACCCUUGUUCUGAAUACUGGGCCUGAUGUUGAAGAGGGAGAGAAGUUGGUUAGAAGACAUAAUAGUCAAUCAAAAUGUACAGAUCAGUCUUUAUUUUUAAAUUUUGCCAUGCACUCUGUUAGAAUGGAGGCCUGUGAUUGUCCGCCAAACCAUCAUCCUCAAUCAGAGCAGCAAUCAUGCUCAUCUGUCCUGCCUGGGGGAGAAACAUCCCAUUAUGUGGAACCGAGUGAUGGUAUUGCUCCAAAGGAAGGAUUUAAUCCGGGCUCCAAAUACUCACAAGUCAAGCAGGAUGGCUUCUAUUGGGGAAGUAAGAAGAAGAACAGAAACAAAAGCCAUGACCCGAUAAAAAAGGCUGCACAUGUUGGUGAAAAGCCCAGAUGCUCAAUCCAAGAGUCUGAAAAACAUAGAAGAGUUGGUAACAAUGGAUUUUUAAGGGUCUUGUUUUGGCAAUUUCACAAUUUUCGGAUGCUUCUUGGCAGUGACUUGCUUCUGUUCAGUAAUGAAAAAUAUGCAGCUGUGAGCUUGCACUUGUGGGAUGUUACACGACAGGUCACGCCAUUAACUUGGCUCGACGCCUGGCUUGAUAAUGUCAUGGCAAGUGUGCCAGAGUUGGCCAUUUGUUAUCAUCAAAAUGGUGUCGUCCAGGGUUAUGAGCUUCUAAAGACUGAUGAUAUAUUUCUAGUAAAAGGCAUCUCUGAAGAUGGCACUCCUGCUUUUCAUCCUCAUGUUGUCCAACAAAAUGGCCUUUCAGUUUUGAGGUUUCUUCAAGAAAACUGCAAGCAAGAUCCUGGUGCUUACUGGCUUUACAAAAGUGCUGGUGAAGAUGUAAUUCAACUCUUUGAUCUGUCUGUUAUUCCCAAGAACCAUUCUUCUGGUGACUGUGAUGAUAGCUCAAGCUCUUUGCCUUCUCUAAUACAUAGGGGGAGAUGUGAUUCUUUAUUUUCACUAGGGAUCCUACUUUACCGCAUUGCUCAUAGGCUUUCACUUUCAAUGGUGACGAAAAAUAGGGCUAAGUGUGUGAGGUUCUUUCAGAAAUGUUUGGAUUUUCUGGAUGAACCGGAUCAUCUGGUUGUACGCGCAUUUGCUCAUGAACAAUUUGCAAGGCUUAUUUUGAAUAAUGAUGGAGAACUGGAUUUAACUUCUGAAUCUCUUCCAGUAGAAUAUGAAGUUACGGUUGCCGAACCUGAAGAAUCCGUGGUCCCCUCUAGUAGUUUUUCUGAAUCAGUUAUCCAUGAAGACUCUUUCUUAGUUGUGGAGGACAAGCAAAUUGAAGAUGGAACAGGUUUUCAUGAUUUAGCAAUUGAAGAUUCUGUAAAGAUGACCUUGGAAGCUAAUGUAUCUACUCCCAUGAAAUUGACAAUCUCAUGUAACCCGGAACUAGGAGAUGAAAGAGUCUCUCAAAAUUUUGGUAGUGAUGAAAACCUUGCUGUUUGCAAAACUUCAACUUCUAAAUGUGUGAGUCAAACUGAAACUGUCACUGAUCCGAUCUCCUCUAAGUUAGCUGCAGUGCAUCAUGUUUCUCAAGCCAUCAAGUCUCUUAGAUGGAUGCGCCAACUGCAAAGCUCUGAAUCUGAGUUGGUUAGCCAAGACAAUGGUAUUCAUGAUCGACUGCUUUCAUCUAUAAAUCUGUCUGUUUGUGCAUGUGGUGAUGCUGAUUGCAUUGAAAUUUGUGAUAUUAGAGAAUGGCUUCCAACGUCCAAAUUGGACCACAAGUUGUGGAAACUUGUUCUUCUCCUUGGGGAAUCUUAUUUGGCACUUGGACAAGCAUACAAAGAGGAUGGCCAAUUGCAUCAAGCUCUGAAGAUAGUGGAAUUAGCUUGUUCUGUUUAUGGAUCAAUGCCUCGGCAACUUGAAGACACUAGGUUUAUUUCUUCAAUAGUUAAUUGUUCAUCACUCCAGACAAAGUUUGACAACAGAAAUGAAGAGACAAGAUCGUUUAUUGGUGAUCUGCAAGAAGUGACUUCCAACUCUAAUGUUGACUGUUAUACGCUAGAGCAAUUCUCUUCAACACAUCUGUUCUGGGCUAAAGCUUGGAUACUUGUCGGGGAUGUGUAUGUUGAGUUCCACAAAAUUAUGGGUAAAGAAGUUUUGGCACAGCCAGGGCAAAAACCUUCUGCUAGAGAGUUGAAAAUGUCAUCUGCUGUUGUGAAGGAAGUCCAAAGGCUCAAAAAGAGGCUGAACCAGCAUAGCCAGAAUUGCAGUUCAUGUUCCUUGGUAAACUGCAGCUGCCAAUGUGACAGGGCCAGUAGUGGUAGCAGUGCAAGUAGUAGCAGUGGAGAUAAGGGCACUGUUGUUACUUACAGCAGAAAACAUGGUAAGAGAUUACAUGCUAAGAGCAUUUCUCACUCACUUUUGGGAAAACAUGAAGAUGAAUAUAUGCAUCACAAUCUAGAUAAAAGACAGUGUCCUGAUUAUGGAAAUAUCCUGAACAAUGGAGAGAGUGAUGUCACAAUGGAAACUUCUGAUACUGUUAGAGGUUCUAAAAGAGUGGAGUGUCCUUUUGAAACAUGUGAUAAUGAGUCCAAUGUAGCCUCAGAGAUUGAAAGGGCUUUGAAAGGAACUCCCGAAGUGAAAUAUGGUGGCAUAUUCAGGUACAUUAAGGGUCAUGUAAUUGGAGAUGCAGAACACAAUCUCUUGGCUGCCUUGUGCUGUUAUGAAGAAGCAAGAAAGGCAUUGAGUGGACUUCCUUCUGGUUCAGAAGAACUGCAGUCUGUGAUGAAGAGGAAAGGAUGGGUCUGUAAUGAAUUGGGUCGAAAUAGGCUUGAAAGGAAAGAGUUGAACAAAGCUGAACUUGCUUUUGCAGAUGCCAUAAAUGCAUUCAGAGAAGUGUCAGAUCAUACCAAUAUUAUAUUAAUUAACUGUAAUUUGGGUCAUGGCAGACGAGCAUUGGCUGAAGAGAUGGUGACAAAGAUCGAAGGUCUCAAAAUGCAUGUGGUUUUACAUAAUGCAUACAAGCAGGCUCUAGAUACUGCAAAACUGGAAUACAGUAAAUCACUCCGACAUUAUGGGGCUGCAAAGAUGGAACUGAAUACAAUCAUGGAAGAGGCUCUUUCUGUGCCAGACAACUUGAAGAAUGAAGUCUAUACACAGUUUGCUCAUACGUACCUGAGGCUUGGCAUGCUUUUGGCUAGGGAAAAUAUCACUGCUGAAGUUUAUGAAAACGGAACACUGGAAGACACUUCUACUGUUUGUGACGGAACUACGAAAGAAUUGAGAAAGCAUGAAAUAUCAGCCAAUGAGGCUAUACGGGAGGCAUUAUCUGUCUAUGAAUCACUGGGUGAAUUACGGAAACAAGAAGCUGCAUAUGCUUAUUUUCAGCUUGCUUGCUAUCAAAGGGAUUGCUGUUUGAAGUUUUUGCAAUCAGAUAAUAAGAAAAGCAAUUUGUCUAAAGGUGAAAAUAGCAUUCUCCUGAGGGUGAAGCAAUAUGCCUCCUUAGCUGAUAGGAAUUGGGGAAAAGCAAUAGACUUUUAUGGCCCCAAGACACAUCCCACCAUGUACCUGACUAUUCUUGUGGAGAGAUCAGCCCUUUCAUUUAGCCUCUCAAAUGCAUUGCACUCAAACACGAUGCUGGAAUCAAUUUUGUCACGCCUACUGGAAGGACGACAUGUAUCAGAAGCAAUUUCAGAUUCAUUUAAAACUGACUACCCUGAGUUACAUGCCAAAUUUUGGAGCCAGCUGCAGAUGGUUCUAAAGAAAAUGUUAGCCCUCACUCUCUCUUCAAAUUCUAAUAAAUCUUCUCCUGCUGCUCAGUCAACUACAACAUCAAAUAGAUCCGCAGACGCCACAAAGCUCAGAGAACUCUAUAAAAUGUCUCUGAAGUCAACUGAUUUGAGCCAAUUGCAUGCAAUGCACACCUUCUGGACAUCACACCAAGACGCUUAAACCCUAACUUCAAGAUUAUGAGUAUGUCUACACUAUCAAUAUUUUCUUGAUUGUUAAAUUUUGAAGAAUGUUGUAAAAAUUUACUUGUCUACUACUAUUACAGCCACUCGGCCUUUCACGCCAAAUUUGGUUUUAA